AAUCCAACAGUCAUGCCUGAUCCCCCCGUCAAAGCGCCCAAGAAGGGCUCCAAGAAAGCCGUCUCUAAGACCGUCAGCAAGACCGGCAAGAAGAGGAGAAAGUCCAGGAAGGAGAGCUACGCCAUCUACGUGUACAAGGUGAUGAAGCAGGUCCACCCCGAUACCGGUAUCUCCUCCAAGGCCAUGGGCAUCAUGAACUGCUUCGUGAGCGACAUCUUUGAGCGCAUCGCCGGUGAGGCCUCUCGUCUGGCUCACUACAACAAGCGCUCCACCAUCACUUCCAGGGAGAUCCAGACCGCUGUCCGCCUGCUGCUGCCCGGCGAGCUGGCGAAGCACGCGGUGUCUGAGGGAACCAAGGCCGUGACCAAGUACACCAGCUCCAAGUAAAACUGCUGGAGACCAACACCACAACGGCUCUUUUAAGAGCCACACACUUCUUGUAAAGACCAAUUCCUGAUGCUGGCAAAAUAUAAUGUUA